AUGUCCGUCGUCGGCCUCCCGCUCGCGAACCUGAACGGCUGGUCCCCCAGCGUCGUCGGCCUCGUCCAGAGCUCGUUCCUGUGGGGGUACGCGCUCACGCCGCUCGUCGGCGGCGUCCUCGCGGAUAAGAUCGGCGGCGACGCCGUCCUGAUGUACGGCAUCACCCUGUGGUCCCUCGCGACGAUCGCGACGCCGUUCGCGGCGACGUCCGCGUCGCUGCCUCUGUUGCUCCUGACGCGCGCGGUCAUGGGCCUGGGCGAGGGCGUCGCGUUGCCGUGCAUGAACAAUCUCGUCGCGAGGUGGGCGCCGACGCGCGAGCGGUCGCGCGCGGUGAGCGUUUGCAUGGGCGGGUUCCAGUCCGGCAGCAUGGUCGGUCUGCUCGCCGCGCCGCACAUGCUGCGCGUCGGCGGCGUGCACGGGCCGUUCGUCGCGUUCGGGGCGCUGGGGUUGACGUGGGCGGGGCGGGUGUCGGACGCGGAGUUGUCGCUCAUCGAGGACGGCGGCGCGGUCACGGAGGAGAAGCAGUGGCAGCAAAGCGAGGAGGGCGGUACUAACGGGAAAGGCGGCGGGAAGGUCCCGUUCAGGCUGCUGCUGAGUAAGAUGCCCACGUGGGCGUGCGUCGUCGCCAACUUCGUGAACAACUGGGGGUACUUCAUCCUCCUCGCGUGGAUGCCUCUGUAUUUCAGAGAAGUCGUCGGCCUCGACCUCGCGUCCGCGUCGUACUUCAGCGCGCUCCCGUGGGCGACGAUGGCGGUCGUCGGCGUCUGCGCGGGCGCGCUCGCGGAUUGGAUGAUCGCGCGCGGCGUCUCGACGACGACGACGCGGAAGCUCAUCCAGGGCGUCGGCUUUCUCGGCCCCGCCGCCGCGCUCGUCGCGCUGACGUUCACGUCGACGCCCGCGCAGGCGCUCACCGCGCUGACGGUCGCGAUCGGGUGCACCGCGUUCACGCAGGCUGGGUUCCUCGUCAACUUCCAAGAGAUCGGCCCGAGGUACGUUGGCGCGUUGCACGGGAUGGCUAACACCGCGGGGAGCGCCGCGGGGAUCGUCGGGACGUACGGCGCGGGGGUGAUAUUGGGGAAGACCGGGUCGUGGAGCGCGGUGCUGCUGAUCACCGCGGGGGUGUACGCGUUCGGCGCGGUGUUUUGGCUCGCGUUUAGCACGGGGGAGCGGGUGUUCGAUUGA